GGAAACACACAGGCGUGACCAAAUCAGCAAAGGGGGUAUACAGAGCUGAAAGAACAAAGCUAGUUUUAUAGUUCAAAUGGACAUACAAAUAUGUUGACAUAAGUCCGAAUAGCUGUGUGCGCUGUAUAAUUUGCAACUUUGACCAUGGCUGUUUCCCUGAUGGAUGUGGGUGAAGUGGCAGAAAUUCUUUCUGGUUUAAAUAGCAUGUACGGAGAGAUGGGCCUGCCUCCUGACAUUCCACCAAAAGCCAACUUCAAACUGGACGUCACACAGCACUCCAGUGUUCCAUUCGACUACAGCACCCUGGAUUUUUCUCAGAAAUUGGAGGAGGCGAAAAAGAAAAAAGAGAGUGGGAAUUAUUUCUUCAAAAGAAAAGGGUAUAAACAGGCUAUAAACUUGUACACUCAGGCCUUGAAGAUCAUAGACAGUAAAGUGAGUUCUUACCAGCUACAACAGGUGCUAGAGCUCAGAUCUGUUGUACAUUGCAAUGUCUCUACCUCCCUCUUCAAGUUGUCAGUAUUCGAAGAUGCCCGCCAAUCUGCGCAGAAGUCUGUCAAAAUACAGCCAUCUAACGCUAAGGCAUACAUUCGCCUUGGACAGGCUGAAGAGAAGCUUGGAAAUCCUGAAGAAGCCAUUAAAGCAUAUAAGAAAUCAUUAAGUUUUGAUGCUACAAAUCGGUGGCUGUACAACGAGUGUUUGCGGCUGUCCAAGGUGAGCCAGAAAACCAAGGAGAACCAACAGAAGAUGUACUCUAAGAUGUUCUGGGGCUCCAAUCCACCACCUGUCAAUGAAAAACAAGAAAAGAAACCAGGACCAAGCUCUCAGAUGGCGGAAGGUGGCUCAUGUCGUGAUAAACCAGAACCUGAAUUUGUUCCCCGUCCGAGCGGACUUCACUGUCGCAACUCUCAAGUUCAGUGUGAAAAUGGCUCCCUAGAGAUAUGCUCUCUGAUGAACUGUCUCGGUUAUGGGCCUCAAAUCACACAGGCACGGAGGGACGCAUACAGGGAGCAUGAUAGGCUGUGGACUGCUCAAAAGUCUGGUAGUGUAACGAGAAUCACUACGGGUAGCAAGGCAGAGGGGCUGACAGGCUUCAGUGAAAGUGACUUUGAUUAUAUGUUUAUUGUAGAAGGCAUCAUGUGUUUAGAAAAUGUUUUUCAUUCUGACGAAUUAUCAAAGGAGACUUAUGUGUUUACAUUAGACACCGGCGUGUGCUACCACGGACACGCUAGGCUUAAUUUAUUGGAGCGACGUGGUGCCAAUUAUUCAUCACACGUGCGUGAUGCUCUGUGUAAGGAUGAAAAUGGGCGUGAUAUUCUGAGCAGUGCUGAAUUUCUUCGUUCUUACAGUGACGCAAUUGGUCCGACAGAUGUGGUUCGCCAUGAACGUGCAGGACCAUCACUGCCACUUUCAUUAGAGGCAUGGCAUCAUGACAAUGUAUUUUCGUUACGCUGUCACUGUCCUUGUAUACUAUUGAGAUGGGCAGAGCGAAGUCGUCAUUGGCCACCACCGGAUAUCGUUCACAAAGUCGUAACUAUGGGAGCAUUUGUGGUACCUGUUGGUUUUAAGGGUAGUGACUAUCAACAUUUAGAAUGGAGGAUUGGUUUUAAUACUGGGGAGAAUGAACUUAUGAGAAGUCUUAAUAACACCCAGGUUUACAUUUAUAUUUUGUUGAAAAUGGCUGUUAAGGAUAUUUUAAAGCCAGGCAAGAAAGAAAUUUCAUCAUACACAGUGAAAAACAUUGUAUUGUGGCUUGCGGAGAACAAUCCACAAGCACAGUUCAAUGAAAGCAGUUUGUUGUAUUGGCUUCGGGAAGGAUUAGAUCAACUACGAACGGCAAUAUUAAAGAUUCAACUGUCAUAUUAUAUGAUACCAGAAAGGAAUCUAAUGGAAGCAUGCGGGCUGGAUGAAGAGCAAAAACGUAUCUGGGUAAAUACUAUCACGGACAUGAUGAACGAAUGUUUAAAUACACUACUAAGAUUGCCGAGGAUACGGAAGGCAAAACUAUCGCAUCCAAAGCUACUGAUGUGGUAUAACAAGAAAAUAGUUGAGCUGGAACUGUUGUUUCUAAAGUCCUGUUGCAGAAAUUGUCAGUGCAAGGAUGAGCAUGGUGUGGCCAAUGACUCGGAUCCUAUGAUGCAGGAGAUAAAGAGUCGUAUGCGUAAAAUUACGAGAGAGGUCCACCAUAGGAUGAAUAACAAAGGAAGUAUUGUGGAUGAUUAUGAUUUUUGGAAGAUAUUGAAGAUGAUGCUCAUGUAAUUGUGUUGUAAAUGACAGUAAUUUCAUGCAUAGUACAUGUUCAAACAUUUACAACAGAAAGUAGUUAACUCAGGGUACUUUUAUAUUCGGCAAUAUGAAUGGCGUUAACUGUUUUCCUUCCUAAUUGAUUUAAUUGUUCUGAUGUGUUUUAUUGAAUUUUUUUCUGUUAUGUUUGUGAACUAAAACAACGGUCCUUGCACUUUAAUAAGUGUUCAUAGUCAUUACGUAUCGAGUAAAUGUAUUCAUUGGUAACUUAAUAAUUAUUAUUUGUUACCUAAUCUGAUUUGGAAUGCACUCAUUUAAUCCAUCAAAUGUAUAUACUUAUAGUAUCUUUUUCAUUCGUUUUAUUUGUUGCACGCAUAUUUGUUUGGCAUGCGUUUAUAUGUUCUUUUUCGGCUCACAAAAGUCCUUGCUGGAUUUAAAAGAGACAUUUGUUUCAUAAGACCGUUUAUAUAUUUAGCUAUACAAAUAAAUAUAUCAUGGAUCGUACAAUGCAGAGUAUCGAAAAUGUUCGUUAGUUGAUAUAAUUACAUCUUAGUACAGUAUAAACUACAAGCGAAUCAUUCAGGUGUCUUUCUUUGGUUAUCAAACCUUCUGGUACGAUGUGCCGUUACUUUGAGUGGUAAAGUAUGCCAUUUGAAUGAUCUUGCAUAAUGAAGCUGCGUCUAUGUCUGUUCUAAUGCACACAACGGAUCCAGAUUUCUUGAUGCGCAUAAAUAUUAUACAGGAUAAUAAUAAAUGUACAUAGAACAUGUAAAAUAUACAGUUAAGGAAACGAUUAGGAUUCAAUGUUGCAGCGCUAAGGAGACAUGUAAAUGAGAAAGUUAAGUCGGAUUGGUGAUCUAUUCGAUAUAUAUAUGUAUGGAGACCAGUUGUAUUAUAUUUACUGCAUAAUGGAGACCGCUAGAUUGGGGUAAUUUUUGGUCCGCUUAAUAUUUACCUUCCUAAUAAAUCCGCGUUUAUAUGUUGUUUCAAAUUUCCAAGAACGGGAUGAUAAAUUGUAGCUUAUAUUAGGUAUAUAUUUUGUUUUCUAUUGUUAUUUUAUUGAUUUAUUAAUUAUAAUAAACUAUUUAAUAUCAA